AACCCCGUGGCGUGGUUGUGUGUCAGUUUCGCUGGGACCCGCGGUCGAUGCCGGUGAGGAGGGGGAUGGGCGCCUCUGCGAAUGUAAGGACCCAAGACAGAACCAGAGCCCCGUAUCACAUACAGCAGCAUAUAUCACAAUAUAAAUAGCGACUGUAAAUAUAAAAUAAACCCAAAUAAAUGGAUUUAUCCACCGAGGAUCUAUAAAAGACACUCAAUGGAUGCAGUGCACCUGAACAGGACAGGGAAUUUAACUUUCCGCCUUCCGCCUCGCGUUGGAGACCCUGAGAAGUUUGUUUCCUACCUCUGGAGAGGGAGCUACUUUUAAGGGCAAAGGAUACAGGAGACUCCGAGGCUGGUCUGCUGGCCUACUGGUCUAGUUGGAUUUGAUGUUGGGAUACUCUAAGGACUUUCUUCUUGACUUGAAUCUGCCUCGCUUAUACAAGUUUGGAAUGCCUCUUUAGGUCCCUCAUGACCGUGAGCCGUGGCCUACGGCUCGGUGGCGCCCCACCUCUGGAGUGGUCAGCUGCUCUAGUCAGGACCCUGUGAUUCUUCUGUUUACCUCUCCUCCUCCCCCCAUCCCAUCCUGUCCCUCCCCUCCCCCUCCCCCUCCCCCCUCUUCCCCCCCUCCCACGCGCCGCUGUGCUGGACGUCAUGAGCAUAGUAAUCGCGCUGGGAGUCACUACACCUGAAACGUCUUACUCAGAUAUGGCUGCUGGAUCAGACCCUGAGUCAGUUGAAGCAAGCCCUGCCGUGAAUGAGAAAAACUACAACAACCACAGCUGUGGGAGCGCACAGAGUCAUGGGUAUCGGGGACUACCAUAUGCUAUGCAACAGUCUUCCGUUGUGUGUUGUCAGGAUCACAACUAUGGCGCACCCCCUCCCCCCACCCCACCCGCCUCCCCGCUCUCCCAAACCAUCAUUCCCCGUCUGGAUCUCAAUGGCGUGGUACACGCCUCCCGCUAUCAUGAACCUGAGGAAAACUCGGCUGACAGCGACAGCUCCUCAGAGGAGGACGGUGCGAUGGCCAGCUGGUGUCACUGCAGCCUGACUUCGGAUGGCCUGCUAAUCAAAUGUGACAACUGCAGGGGACUAGACAGGAGGAAAGGAGAAGGCCAACACAGAAAAACGGAAAAUGUCUCAGCGGGAGAGAGCAGCGCCACUGAGAGUGGUGAUGAAGAGGUGUCACCCUCCACCAUCUCCUACACCGCCACCCAGCAUACGCCAACCAGCAUCAAACUUACUGUCAACCGGGUCAAAAGAAGCAAAUCAAAAAAGAGGAAGAAGAGUAUAGAGAAGGCCCGUGGAACACCAAAGGGCAAGAAAGUCAAGGCUUUCAGAGAGGGUUCAAGGAAGUCCAUGAGGAUGAAGAACUCAACAACAGAGGCCAACGUGUUGGAUGAAAACACAGUAGAGGGAUGGGAGAGCAGGAUCCGCCAGUGGACGGACCAGUAUGAGGAGGCUCUAGCCAACCAGUACAGCGCUGAUGUCCAGACACUUCUUCAGCUUCACUGCGCCACAGGCACCCCUGUCUCAAAGGCUGAAAGUGGCGCCACAACACCUCCUUCCUCUACACAGAUCCACACCUCAGUUGUCACCAUGGAUACCAUCAACCGCACUGAGCUGGCUUGUAACAACACAGUGCUGGGCUCACAGAUGCAGCUCCAGUUGGGGCGGGUAACACGGGUGCAGAAGCACAGGAAGAUCCUCAGAGCAGCCAAGAACCUGGAUCCAGACACACUCAUCAUUGAAUAUCGGGGAAAGGUCAUGCUCAAACAACAGUUUGAAGUUAACGGGCACUUCUUCAAAAAACCCUACCCAUUUGUGCUGUUCUACUCAAAGUUCAAUGAUGUAGAGAUGUGUGUAGAUGCAAGGACCUUUGGAAAUGACGCACGCUUUAUCAGGAGGUCCUGUACACCCAAUGCUGAGGUCCGGCAUAUGAUUGCUGAUGGCAUGAUCCAUCUUUGUAUCUAUGCUGUCAGUCAAAUAGCAAAGGAUGCUGAGGUCACCAUUGGAUUUGACUAUGAGUUCAAUAGCUGUAAUUACAAAGUGGACUGUGCCUGCCAUAAGGGCAACCAGAACUGCCCAGUGCAGAAGCACAACCUGAGCCCCAGGGAGAGCUUGCUGAGUGCCCCCUCCCUGCCACCUCCCUCCCCACUUGUUGGUGCUGAGACCCGACGGAGAAAAGCCCGCAGGAGAGAGCUGGAGGGCUGUGUUGUGGGUGACAGCAACCAGACCCUGGACCAGCACCAGGAGGCCAAAGAACUGCAAGGGACCAGUGACACAGAGGAGAGAUUGCUGGAUGAUAUGAAGGCAGAGGAGGGAGACGAAGGAGAGAUGGAUGAAAAUGGGGUUGCCAUCUCCUGUAAAAGGACUUGUAACAGCCUGGACAAGAGGCGGAGGAGAGUAGGAGGAGCAGAGGUAAAGGAGGAGGGUGUUGAGACUGAGGACGUGUCAGGAAACCCUGCAGGGAACACCUCCGUAACCCACAACCCUGGAGUGGGGGUCAGCACACGACGCACCACCUAUGUCAUGGAAGGGCCAUCGGUUGAAGAAAAGACCUUGUUACCCCCCCUGCCUGCCCCAGUCGCCCCCCCUAAACCUGCACGACCUGCCAAACCCCGGCCCAAAAGUCGGAUCUCUCGCUACCGGUCAAGUUCAUCCCAACGUGCCCGGCGCCAGCGCCAAGCUCUUGCCCAGCAGGCAGCUGCUGCCGCUGCGGCCGCAGCAACGGCAGCGACACCAUCAUCUGCUGAUCAAGGUGCCGCUCUUGAUGAGGAGGGAUCUCAGGGCCCAUAUGGUCCUGAACAUGGCCAUGGAGAGAGCUGUCUAGGGGGUCAUCUCCUAGAUGGAGAUGGCCAGGGUCUAAACUGCAUAAACAGAGGCAACUUGCGCUAUCCUAAAACUAAGAAGUACCUGGUAACAGAGUGGUUGAAUGACAAGGUCCCUGGAGGGGACAAAGUCCACCAAGAGGUGCCUGUUGAACGCCCGCUGCGGAUAACCACUGACCCCACGGUGCUGGCCACCACACUCAACAUGCUACCAGGCCUUUCCCAUUCAUCGCUUAUCUGCACCACACCCAGACACUACGUCCGCUUCGGCUCUCCCUUCAACCCAGAGAGACGCAGGCCCCGCCCACUCCAAAUGGACGGCACUUAUGGCUGCUACAAGAAGAGAUGGAUAAAGCAGCUGGAGGAUGAGAGCUGUUCAGCCAGUGUGGAGGAUGGCACAGAGUCCACCUCCUCCCAGCAAAGUACCAGUAGCAGAUCCACCCCCAACCCUCUGUCCACCGAACUCAAUGCACCGUUUAAGAAGCGUCGCUCCAAGUAUAUGCCAGAGGUGACCCCAGCACCCUCGGACCACCUGCUUCGCCCGCUGUCACCCAUCACACCACCGCUCCCAGAGGACUCCCUCCAUCCGCUGCUCCACACCCAUUGUGGUUCCCUGCUGCCCAAUGGUCUGGCCUACUCACCCAUGCCCUCACUGCCCGCCAGCCGCUGCAACACGCCACUGCAAUUUGAAAACAUAUCAUCCCCCGAGGCAUCUCCUGUUCACCGGCCUGAGUCCAUCUCUCCUGAGCCAUGUCUUCAGACAGACUUUGACAUCCCUCGGCCUCAGUUCCCAGACCUGUCACUGCCCUCCAGCUUGGAGAGCCCUGUGGCUAUGACAUCAGAAGACUUUUCCCUCCCUGGAGGCCCUUCAGGCCAUGAUUCCCAUGGCCUGUCAUCUGUAGGGACUUGUUCCCUUAACCCAGUGUUAUGUCCUUCCUCAGACCUAACGCCCCAAAACAGGGAGCAGGCCUUCAGGACAGAGUUCAACCUCAUAUAUACCUGCUCCCCCCUCAACGCAAACCUUGGGAACCCUGUGGCCACUGACCGCCGCCUCUCCCAGUCAGAAGGCGGUUUCUCCCCAGCAGAGUCCUUCCACAGUUCCAUAAGUGGUCAGGGGAUACUGGGAGAUGUGGGCACUGGUUCCAUGUCACCCUACGGCGAGCCUUAUUAUGGGGGAGGCUACCCAGAUAGUGGCACACCUCCUCACACAAGCAACCCACCGCAAAAAAAGAAGAGGGCCAACCAGCAUACCAUUAGUCUGCUGACAGGGAAGCCAGAUUACCAGGCUAUAGCUGUAAGAAGUGAAUACAAGCCAGUACAAAAUAUGGUGUCUUUGCUGGAGUACCGUAAGAGGAAGCAAGGUGGCAGUCGGGACCCUGAGCCAGUCGGGAGCAGUUCGUCUCUCGGCGGCACCCCUACUCGGCCUGGCUCCCAUUACAUCCAGGACACUCAUCAUCACCAUUCUCAUCAGCAGAUGCAUCCUCCAGCCUCCCCACACAGCUCCUUCUCUUCCUCAGCACACAAAUCCAUCCCACAAAUAGAAGAGGUCAGUCCUCCAGAACAACAGGGCCCCUCAGGGCAGCCUAGACGCCAGGACAGCAACAACCAGUGGAUGGUCCCCACUACUGUUGAACGUCUAAGGGAAGGUCAGGGGGUUCUGGAGCGAGUGCGAAGGAGCAUCAAAAUGGAGCGGAAUUAUAAGAGGAGUGAUGGUUCUACAGACAAGGAAUCUGAUGCAGAUCGAUAUGAGAUGCAGACAGUGUCCAUGGCUUCUCCCAUGAAGAGUCCACACAGAUACAGUCCCUCUGUUUACUCACACCAGUCAUCAGAAAGCCACCGGCAGACCGAAAGCCCAUCGUUCCUCAAGCAAACCUCCAACUCUCCAUUCCGGGGUUCCUACAGUCCUUCAUCAGGCCAGAGCUUCUACCAACGCCUUAGCUCCUCUCAUACAGGUCUGUCCCAGGACCACCCUCCAUCGACCCAUCCCAGUCAUAUCCCCACCCCCACCACCUCCUCAGACUCCAGGCUGCCAACGGGCUCUCUACACCAGCAGAGUGGCAGCAGUAACGUGGACGGAGGCCAGUGCUACGGUUCCAGCCACUUCAGAGCGAGCCCUUUGAAUAGCAGUGGCCUGGUUGGGUCUCCCACCCCAGGACCCAGGGUCCAAGGGCAGACUAAAAUAGACUCGGGCCCCCAGGCCUCCAGAGGGAGUCAACAGCAGGCAUCUCGCAGCCUGAAGUCAGGCAGCCCAGGCCAGACAGCACUGCAGGCCGGCUCUAGGCUGCUGUCGGCCUCUGGACCGACGCACUACCCGCAGCGAGGGACAAGCAUCAGUCAGUUCCAGCACUCCCCCCUGCAGGGACCCGGAGUAAGGACACAGUCAGGAAGCUUUUAGGACCUUGCUCAAGUGUGUGUGUGUGAGUGUGAGUGUGAGAGAGAGUGAGUAUGUUUGCGUGAGUGUGUAUGAAGCUGUGUACCUCCUCAACCCCUAAAGCUGUGGUGAAAUGAGGCUCAGGGAGUUUGGGGAGGGGAAAUGUACAGACCUGAGAGGAGCAAAGACUUCUUUACAGAAAUCUCCUUUUCUUAUUUUCUGUCUUUGUUUUCAGAAAGGAAAAAAUGAUCACCACAAUCUGCACAAAGCUAAUCAUUGACUUUGGACAUCAUAAUUAGUGGGAAAAGAUUUGGAUGACACAUUCAGAAAAAAAACAAGAAAUCACAUGUAACUUGAAAUUGUCACCAGUGUUUCCUCAUGUGCCGGACUGUGCAAACAGGCUCUUUAAUGUCGGAAAGUUUAAAUUUCCACACAAAUGUCUGUACAAAGUUAUUAAAAGCCGUACCUGUCGUCAUGGUACCCAGGUGGGAUACAUGCUUAAAUGCAUAUGUAACUGAAAGCAAGAGUUGUUUUAUUUUUUCCAAUUAAUUUUUCUUUUGUCAAUGUUACUUUUUUGAUUUGGCGAGUGGCCGAGUCUGUGCUGCAGUAAAUAAGUGAUGUGAUUUGGAAAGGGGAAGUGAAGUGAUGCGAGCAGGGGCGACAUGUUAAUCAUCCGUUCUAAAGAUGCAUUGUGGAGGUGGGGAAGAGGGGUUCUCCCUAUAUAGGAUCAUUCCAUAUGAUAAACCAGCUUUCUGUGUUCACUCACUCAACAUAAAAACAGCCCUUCUCGACGUUCUGCGUCUGUUUCAGUGUACUUUUGUUUUGGGUUCUUUUCUGUUCUCUCAUCCCCACUGGACUGUUUUGAUUUUACAUUAGGACUACUUCACUGUAGACGUCUGAUAUUGUACUUGAGACAUACAGGUCUUAUGAUUCAUGGUGCUGCAUUCUUGUUUUUUCCAAUAAAUUUGAAAUCCAGUUAUGUUCCCCAUA